ACCGCGCACCUGCUACGGGAACCGGAAAUACGGAAAUGGUCAGUUCUGAGACGAUUUUGACAUAAACAGAGGAAAUUCCGUAAAGACCUGCUAUUCAAUCAUGUAAUUUAGUGAUUAACCAUUCGUUUCUGCAUUACAAAGACAACAGAUUUAGAAACUGAGACAUCCACCACCAACAUGUGGAACCGAAGGCGCCCCAAACUUCAGUUUCUCUUCAGCCACAAGUUCUUGCUGUGUUCAUGUGUUCUGUUUGCACUGUUCUUGGUGACAUUUAUGUUCCUGUGGCCACCCUCUAGUUCUAAGGACAGAUCUCUAAACAGAAUACCUCGGAACCUAGAGACUAAUGAGGUGGUUCAGAUGGCAUCCUCAAAUAAAAUCAAAAUCACAGACAGAGAAACAUCUUGUACAUUUCAUACUUGUUUGGAAGUUUAUCAUUGUGGGUAUAACGAUGACAAUAAAAUUACGGUGUACAUAUACCCUAUUAAAAGAUAUGAAGAUGAAAAUGGUAAGGAGUUGACGGUGCCAAGGUCUAAAGAAUUUGAGGAAAUAUUACAAGCUGUUGCAGAUAGUCCGUACUAUACCGAUGACCCUGAAACAGCAUGUUUAUUCAUCCCUUCCAUUGAUCUCCUCAAUCAGAACAGUCUACGAUUAGGGGAUGUAAACCGAGUUCUGGCGUCUUUGUCGCACUGGCAGGGUGGCGCCAACCAUCUUCUGUUCAACAUGCUGGCGGGCAGUUCCCCGGACUACCACACAGUGCUGGAGCUGGCUACUGGGCGGGGCAUCCUGGCAGGAAGUGGCUUCUCCACCUGGUCCUACAGGAGGACCUUCGACAUCUCCCUCCCUGUGUACAAUCCCCUCAUCUCACACAUAGACCUCCCCCAAAAAUCUUACUUAGAGGAGAGACAGUGGCUGAUUGUGUCGUCUCAGAGUGGCCUCCACACUGAAUACCGGGACGUCCUGGACAAACUUGUGUUGGAGGACAACCGGGUGUUGGUCCUAGACCGCUGUGGGGACGACAAUCACACGUGGAAUGUCACACAACGCUGCACCAGCAACGCCAACUACGACUAUCCUCAAGUGCUUCAGGAUGCCAAGUUCUGCGUGGUGUUGCGAGGGGCGCGGCUGGGGCAGCCUGUUCUUAGUGAUGCGCUGCGGUCGGGCUGCAUCCCCAUCAUCAUCGCAGACGGCUACAUCCUCCCCUUCUCCGAGGUGCUCGACUGGACCAGAAUCGGCAUCACAGUGCGAGAGGACGACAUCAGCGGCCUCCUGAACAUUGUCAAGGCGUACAGUGACGACCGCGUGUACGAGAUGAGACGCCAGGUGAAGUUUGUCUGGGACAACUACUUCAGCUCCAUGAAGGCAAUCACCAUGACAACCCUGGAGAUCAUCAAUGACCGCAUCUUUCCGUAUGCCAGUCGCAGCUAUGAAUCAUGGAAUGACAUCCCCAAUAAGGAGGCAGUCAACAACCCCUUGUUCCUCCCCCUCACCCCCUCCAAGGCCCAGGGCUUCACGGCUGUCAUACUGACCUACGACCGACUGGAGUCACUCUUCCAGGUCAUCAAGCAGGUCGCCAAGGUGCCCAGUCUGGCCAAGGUCGUCGUCGUCUGGAACAACCAGAAUAAAGCGCCUCCUGCAAUGUCGUCAUGGCCGUAUAUCGGAAAACCUGUGAAAGUUGUCCAGACCAAGAAGAACAAACUCAGCAACAGGUUCUUCCCCUAUGAUGAGAUCGAGACGGAGUGUAUCCUGGCCUUGGAUGAUGACAUCGUCAUGUUGACAGCCGAUGAACUGGAGUUCGGCUAUGAGGUGUGGAGGGAGUUUCCGGAUCGUCUUGUGGGCUUCCCAUCUCGUCUUCACAUGUGGGACAACAGCACACACAAGUGGAAGUAUGAGUCAGAGUGGACCAACGCCAUCUCCAUGGUGCUCACUGGAGCUGCCUUCUAUCACAAGUACUUCAGCUACCUGUACACCUACUCCAUGCCCGGCAACAUGAAAGUGUGGGUGGACGAACACAUGAACUGCGAGGACAUAGCCAUCAACUUCCUCAUCGCCAACAUCACCGGCAAGGCCCCCAUGAAGGUGACGCCCAGGAAGAAGUUCAAGUGUCCGCAGUGCGUCAACAACGAGAUGUUGUCGGCCGACCUGACCCACAUGGUGGAGAGGUCGGAGUGCAUCAACCAGUUCACCAGCAUCUACCAGGCCAUGCCACUCAAGAGCGUGGAGUUCCGGGCAGACCCCGUGCUGUACAGGGACAGCUUCCCCAGCGUGAUGAAGAGAUACAACAAGAUAGGGAGCUUAUGAUUGGGAGUUGGACAGGUAUAUCAGCUCCCUAGGGCUACAUAGUGCUGAAGAAGGUUGACAAUAUUGGGAAUUUAUUAUCAGGGGAUUAUAUACAUGGUUCAAGUAUAUCAGCUUUCCCAAAGUGCUGGUGAAGUGCAACAAUAUUGGGAGUUCAUGAGUGGAGAAGUUUACAGGGCUCAUGUAUAUCAAUGUCAUCAUGGGGCUUAAGGAGCAGGGUCAGACACAACCUCUUGUCUGUUAGUCCGAGACUAGUGAAAAUCCAGAGGGUCCAGAGGAUUCUACCAAAAUCGAGAUAUUUUGUGUAAACUACAUGUCCAAAUGAACUCCGGACAAGUUGGAUGUGACCAAUAGUGUCUACCCUGUGGAGUGUACCCACACUGGGAACUCUGAUUGGAAUAUUAGUGUUUCAACUGCCCCAAUGUCUUGAAAACAUUUAACACUAGGAGUCAGUAACUGGGAAGUUUCAAAGAGCUUUGCAAUAUCCACUUGACCUGAAGACAUUUGCCCAUGUCAGGAGUCGGUGUUCUGGGACAAAUACAGGGCUAAGUGUAUCACAAGGUUGCAACACAUACCUGUAUCAUCCAACUGGAUGAUGUUCUAUAAUACAUCUAACUUCAAAGAAACCAUUUUUAAGCCCUGAUCAAAUCAUCGAACGGAUGACUGGAGGAUUUGGUCUGUAUGUCUCUAUGUUGCCUGUAUGUCUGUAUGGUUGUCUUUGUAUGAUUGGCUGUGUGUUUGUACGAUUGUAUGUUUGUCUGUAUGAAUUUUUAUGACAUGAAUGUGACCAGAUUUGUUUGAUUUCAUCAACAUUUGAUAUUAUCUUUUAAAUGCAUUUUGAGUGUAGUGGCCACUAACAGUACUGAAGAACCUGCCACUCUCAUAUUGGCUGAACUAAUGGGUGUAUAUGGGGAGUUAUUCCACUGCUGGUUUGCGACAAAGUGGACAGCAGUGAUGGUGUCCCAAACUUGUCUAUUUCCAUAGUGUUGCAGUCUAUGAAAAUAUAAACAUAUAGCGUAUCCCUUCAGCAAGCCACAGUGUUCAUGUAUGUUGUCUCAUGGAACACAUGUUCUCUAUCUUUGAUAUGUCUUGUUUUAUGAUCAGUGUUCAAAAUUAAGCUUGUAAGUCAAAAGUCCUUGCCAGAGCCUAAUCUUACAAGUCAAGAUUUAGGGCGUCUAGAAUCAAAUUCCAUUGGAAACAAUCUCAUUAAAAUCAGAUCUUAGUUCUCGCUACCGCUCUGAGGACAUCCCAUUACGGGUCAUGUCAGACCGACCUUGUGCCAACUUUGACCGACCAAUGGAAUGACCAAUCAGAAGGCA